UGUGGAGAAAGCGUGCCUGCCAACGGAAGAAAAUUAUCCGAGAAGAAAUGAUCAGUGAAAAGAUGGUCUGCUCAUGUGCGUGGCUUUGUGAAAAGAUGGGACCAAUACAUAAAACCCAAUGAAGAACAAGAAGAAUUUGACAACAGCCAACCUAACCCAAACUUGGCUCAAGUCAUGGACAUCAUGAAUGUAGGAGCUCCAAGACUAGGAAUCUCUCAACAUGAGCAGAAGAUCCCCAGGACCUCGGAAGUCCUGGCGCCAAGUCCCCAGGGGGACAGUAUGUUGUCUUCCAUGUCGGUCAUGGAUCAUGAUGGACAAAUGGAUGGACAGAUGGACGACCAGGGGACACAUGUUUCUGGGCUGGUUAACAAACACUAUGAUACACACAUGUGCGAUGAUAUUUAUGCAGAUUCUAGAGGGUCGGAAGGAGGAAUGUCUGAAUCUAAAGAUUCUGGAUAUGGAAUGAGACUGGAAAAAAAUGAACUGAGAUCACCUCGAGCUCCAAAUAAGAAGAAAAUUCUUCAGAAUUCCCAGGCAAGCAUGUAUUUGCCUAAGAUCCCUGGGCGAAAACAUUCAAAGUCAGGCCAGGGCAUGAAAUUGAAAGCAUCCAAGAAGAUUCAGCCCCUGGACACACGAAGCAAGGCCCAGGAUGACAUAGACUUGGAUGUGAAUCCUGAAGCUGUUCCCUUUUUACCUCAGAGCUUCAUGUCAUCCACGGUGUUGAAGAAAAUAGCUGUUCCGAAGCGUCAUUUGGACACAUUUGGAGGAAUGGAGUAUAACGUCACCGGGCGACGCGGGGUCAUUCUACACACAGAUAGAUACCAGUGGGCCUCGUUUCGACCUCUGGAUGGGAUGAGCCAGCGAGAUCGUCUAUUGGCGGAGUUGCUCUACAUGGAGAAGCUGCGUGGAGUGAAGCGGCGACGAGAGGUGCUGCCUCACCGAGCCCAGCUUGACCUUGUCAUGGGUGGCAAGAAGAUUGAAAUGGAAGAGAGAUUUGACAUUGCAAGAGAGAUCCAGAAGUUAAAGUCCCUGGUCUUGCCUCAGAAUGCAAAGGAUCUCUUCCAUGGAAGAGGGUUCCGACUGCCAGAUGGCCAUGGUUCUGUCAACCCAAGAGGUCAGCCAUACGACAUCACAGAGGAAAGGCGGCGUGCAGUUUCAGCAUCAGCGCCAGCACUUAUGCAGCAGCCAAUCAGGAUGAACCCCGACUUUCUCUCCCAGCGUCUCCCUUCGCAGGCGUCAAUCUUCAACUCUCCAAGUAAACUGAAGAAACGAGGACAGUUACCAAGCUUAAAUAGAGGCCGUGAUGAUAGAGACGAUUCCCCUGUUUUACUCUCCAGAGAGAAACGAACAGUUACAAACUUACAAGCACGUCUAAGUUUGCCGCGUACAAUGCGAGAUGAGUCUCACCCCAGCCUCAGGCCCCGCCACAGCGUCCUGCCCUCUGUGGAAGCCAACUCCCUCAACCGCAGCCCGGCAGCCUGGGUGGCCGACCAGAACCGCAGGAUCUUGGAAGGUCAAGACAGAGUGGAGGUGACAGUGCCACACAUAGAAGAUGACAAAUCUAGAAUCCCAGACAGUGACAUGGAGAUUGACCACACUGACCUGAGGCCAGAAGCUGUCAGUCCUGAAGCUCCACCCCCUACUACAGCAGCUCUGACAGUGACCAGCGGGCCAACGGCAGGAGGGGACGGGCAGAGUGUCAGCCCAGUCAAACCUACCACUCCUCACCCACUCAAGGGUGCUGAGUUGGUGGAGUCUGUGCCCGACACGGAGAAGGACCAGCUUCGUGCCACUUUCCAGCGCCUGGACACUGAUAUGGAUGGGAACCUCAACUACAACCAGCUGAAGACCCAGAUUCCAGACACACUGUCCCAGACACAGGAGGUGUUUACAAAGCAGGUGUAUGACAUCAUCCGCUCCAACAGCGAUGCCUUCAACGUCGAGGACUUCAUGAACAUGAAGCAGCUGACUCAAGCCCUGGAGAACCUAGGGGGAGAUGCCAAAAUGGCCUUUCAAGACCUGGAUACAAACAGCUUGGCAACUGCAAUACGGAAAUUUGUGGGAUUAUUUCAACAAGUUGACCGCAAUCACAGGGGUAAGAUAUCCACCGAGUCCCUGCAGGAGAUUCUCUGUACUGGACUUGAGAAGGACGUGAAAUCCGACCGCAGCAUGUGGACAAGCAUCACUACCACAAUGGGCAUUGACAGCUCAUCGCAUGUAACCAAAAUCGAGUUCCUGGCCCAUCUACCUUAUUUCUUGUCUUGGAUGCCCAAGUCUUGACAGGUUCAAUCAGAUGAUCAGUGCCAGACACUACUUUCUGUGAUAAGCUGAGAAUACGGUGAUAUUCCAUAAAAGCUGUUAUGGUUUGCACAUCUGCUGAUCCGUGAUGAAACACAACAUUGUUUUUUUUUGGGGGGGGGGGAGUUUUCAAUGUAAAGUCACAUGCAUCAUCUCUCUGCCUGCAUGUUGACUUGGAGUGAUAUACUGCUGAGUUAAAGAAAAAUAUGUUACCAUGGUUUCUCUAAUGAGUGUGGAAACUGUUGAUUCUGUGCUUGCAAAUAGUCGUUAAAUAGCCCCCAUAGGAUGAGGCUUCACACGGCACAGUCAUUCCCUUCUUAUUCUAAUCUCAAUCUUUGAACAGACACACAAGGAGAUGGAGUGUUCUAUGGUGAAGCUUGUACUAUAGAAGGGAGCACACUGCCACCACAUAGCCUUGUCGGCAGGUUGUGGCAGUCUGCUGCCCAUACUAACAUAAGGGUACUUUGGUUUGAAUUGUUUUUGCAAAAGGCUCAGGCAUUGGGCCAUUUGGUUCAUGCCCUCUAUGAUCAGCGUAUAAAAAAACAUGUCACACAGCCCCCUAUUUGUAGGGUCUUCAUUUGAGAACAAACUGAUGUUACUAUUACAGCCUUAAUUUUACUUGUCCUGUUUCUGUCAGUACAAUGGAUUCUAUGGUCAGCUGAUUAGUGUUGAACCAGUUGUAGAAUAUACAGCACGCACAUUACCUUCAUCUUUCUGGGGCGUUACCAUUCCCAAGACUUACUAAGGACGACUUAUUUCAUCACUAUUAUCAUUACAGAAAGUAUGGUGACAUUACGUUCACUGGUUAUUUAUGUUGAUAUUCCUUUGUUAUGGUGAUCAUCUAUUUAUGACGUGAAAAGCUUUAUACCUAGUAUCUUACCAAAGAAAGUAUUAUUUACAUCCCUUUACGGACCCCAUAUAUUGUCUGUACACUAUGUAAAUACAUGUAGCAUGCUUGUACAUGUGGUUGAGUACACAUUUAUAUUUUGUCAGCCCUGUUUAAUUACUUGUUUUGUACAUGUUGUUUCGGAAAUAUUCCUAUAUUUUCAGACCUGUUAUAAUGACUUGUUUUGUAAAUGUGGUUUAGGACAUACUCGUGUUAAGUCAGACCUGUGUCUGUAGACUUCACCUGAAGCAAAUAGAAACGUUUUGUUUCCCCCAAAUGAACCACAUGAGGUGAUUGUGUAUUACAGGCAAAAAGAUUAUAAAUAUCACAAAGCAAUAAUAAACUUAAUCAUUGAUUUAUUAUUUUUAACAAGAUAUUCAUGUAAUUUUUAUUCCUCCUACCAUCAGUGAUAUUUUGGGGAUAAAAAUCUGUUAAACGAGUGUUAUGAAUUGAUCUGGCCUUCCAUGUUCUAUGUUACAUGUGUCCAUUGAUGAAAGAUCAUAAUGUAGGUCUAAUAUUGUAGGGACGGUGGGGGAGCCUAGUGGUUAAAGCAUUUGCUUGUUACAUUGAAGACCCAGGUUUGAUUCCCCACAUGGGUACAAUUUGUGAAGCCCAUUUCAGGUGUCUCAUGUCAUGAUAUUGCUGGAAUAUUGCUAAAAGCAGUGCAAAACCAUACACUUCCUGUGUUAUUGUACAAAUCUACACCAGUGAAGUUGUACAGCGUGGCUAGGUUCUCUCAGUUCUUACAGAAGUGCACUGCUUACAUGUAGGUCAUUGUAAGCUGCCAUGCAGGAGUUUAUACUUUUGUAAAAAUGAGGGAAGCUUGAUAAUCAUCACGCUAAACAGGUGAUCAGUGAUGUAUGCACUGGGUAUGAAAUAUCUAAUUCCUCACAGAUGUUUAGGACUCUCAAAUUCCAAUUAUUCUGAUUUCUCAUGAAGACCUGUGGAGGAACUUCCACUGGUUGCUUCCCAUCAGUCUACUUGGGAUUGGAUUGGAACCAGAUGACAAUUUUCUGGUUGAUACUUAGUAUUUUGUUUGGUUCCGUUUCUUGAAUUACAGAUCCAUCAACCAAGUAAUUCACAUUCUGAAAAUAAGUAGGUCUUAUUUCUUUCCAUCAAUUCUGAUAAGAAAUUCCAUUUAUAUGAAAAUGUCCAGUUGAGAUGAUAUGGAAAACUAAAUAAACACCUUAUUGUGUACGCCAAACUUACAUAUAUUCCUCUGGACCAUACUUCUAAGUGAUCAGUUACAUUUUUAGUUUGUUUGGAUCAGCAAUCCUGUGGUUACAUGAUGUCUAAAACUAUCACCUCUAUGAUCAGAGAGGAAGGCAGGAAAGCAGGAAAGCAGACAUCUCCUUUAUAGCAUUGAUAGCCCUAUCAAGUCCUACAUCAAGCGGUUCAUGGGGUGGCAACAUUUCUACCCUUUCAAAGCAGGAGGCUGCCUCAUUAGGAGACACAGCUACAUCCUUUCACCUGGAAUCGCCCAAGCAGCCAUCAUUAUAACUUACCGUAUUCCCAUUUUAGUUGACCGUAUUUCCUCCAUUAGAUGCUGUAUAUCCAGUCUCUAAUUGAUGCCAGGUCAUAUACAGUGUGUUAAAAAGAAAUAGAAACUGGGCCUCUAAUACUGUGAUAUGAUUGUGAUUAGUAAGGAUCCUUUUUUUUUUAGCAAAUGUACCCAUUGGAUCUGGUAGGGCAGUGAGCUGGCACUGUGCCAGCAUUAAACAGAAUACAGUAAGGCACUGGGACGAUGGCAUGUCUUCUAAUAAGAGGAAAUAUGUAUUCUCAAGUGUUUGUCAUCCAUUUCAAGUCUGAAUCUCAAUGGUGUAAUUAGUGCCUUGUGUGGAACUGUGUUAUUUCACUGUGUAAUUAAUGAGGUUAACUGUUAGAAAGGCCUAUACAUCUUUACAUUGGACAAAGUGGAAUUUCAAUCACUUGAAUUAACUUGCUGGAACUGCCUAUUGUCCCAACUGAAUACAAUGACCAGAACUGAAGACUGUUUCAACAACUUAAACUUGUACCACCAUGGUUGUCCAGGCCAUUGUACCUGGUGUUUCUCACUUACAAACAGGAGAAUAUUAAGGCAUUCAAAGGGGAAAACUCUCACGAUGACAUUAUUUCUAUGAGACAGGUUUGUACUUAGGCUAGGAAUGUCCACGCCCACGCUGCUUGUUAUUAAAUAGUGGCAAGUAAGUCAUUAAUAUUCAUACCUAGUUAUGUUAACACACAGAAAUGUUUACCACAUAAAGAUUGCAACUUGUCAGAUUAUGAAGUAUGUUUCUUACUCAGUUAAUUGUUUGAUGUGUUGUUACCUGUGUCUUGGACAAAUAAACUAUGACUUUCA